CGCCGCCGCGCCGCCCGGGCUCGGCGUGCCGAAGGGACGGGAGGGGAGGGACGGGACGGAGAGGCAGCCCCGAGCCGCUCCGCUCCGCGCCGCCCGCCCGCGCCGGGGCUGCGCCGUGCUGGGCAGCGGCAGGCCGAGUCCUGCGGACGAAGUGUUUGAAUAAACAUCCGCGCCUCCCCAGCCCGCCGCAACUUCUCGCUGCGCGGGUGCGGACCGCGCAUCCCUCACGUGCGCGUCCCUGUCCCCUCCGCGCAGACCCUCGGGACGGAGUCGCGGCUUGCUGCGCGCCGCGGAGCCGGGGGGCUACCGCCGCUGCCCGUGUGGCAGGGCUGGAUGUGCAGUCUGCAAGUCAACAUUCUUCUCGAAGUCUGGCCCAGAGCUCUUUGCUGCAGAGUCUUCUGAUUUCUUCCCCCCCGAGACUGCUGAGAACAUUUUUUCUGAGUGACUCCAGCUUCCAGACACAUUUGCCAUGAUAAGGGCUUCGAUCCUUUCCCACGUUUGCCCUGAGUCAUGAGUGGAUACGUGUGAUGUCUGCAAGUAAAACUGGUGAAUACAUGGGACCAUGCAUUGAUGCUGGGACUGAGAGCUCAACCUUCCUCGUCUCAGCAGCAGGAACAGUGUUUUGAGCAGAGGUUAGAGGCAAUCUCUGUAAAAGGGUAAGAAGAGUGACCUUUUUGGGUGGCUGUAACUGAAGAUUGCUUCACAGGAGCAACUGAAGAAGGUUUUUGAGUCAUGAUGCAAGAAUCUGGGACUGAGACAAAAAGUAACGGUUCAGCCAUUCAGAAUGGAGCGAGCGGUGGCAACCAUUUACUAGAGUGCAGCCUGCGGGAAGUGAGAUCAAACGGCGAGACACCUUCAGUUGAAAUUGGGGCUGCAGAUUUAGCACAUCUUCAGCAACAGCAGGCUCUCCAGGUGGCAAGGCAGCUUCUACUGCAACAGCAGCAGCAGCAGCAACAGCAGCAGCAGCAACAACAACAAGUUAGUGGAUUAAAGUCUCCGAAGAGGAAUGACAAACAGCCAGCCCUUCAGGUUCCAGUGUCGGUGGCUAUGAUGACACCUCAAGUGAUCACUCCCCAGCAAAUGCAGCAGAUCCUCCAGCAACAAGUGCUAACUCCCCAGCAACUCCAAGUCCUGCUCCAACAGCAGCAGGCACUCAUGCUUCAACAGCAGCAGCUUCAAGAGUUUUAUAAGAAACAACAGGAACAGUUGCAGCUUCAACUUUUACAGCAACAACAUGCUGGAAAACAGCCUAAAGAGCCCCAGCAGCAGCAGGUGGCUACACAGCAGUUGGCCUUUCAGCAGCAACUCUUACAGAUGCAGCAGUUGCAACAGCAGCACCUCCUGUCUUUACAGCGUCAGGGGCUGCUGACGAUCCAGCCUGGCCAGCCUACUCUGCCUCUGCAACCCCUUGCACAAGGCAUGAUUCCAACAGAACUGCAGCAGCUCUGGAAGGAAGUGACAAGCUCGCACACAGCAGAGGAGGCAGCCAGCAACAACCACAGCAGCCUGGACCUGUCCACCACCUGCGUCUCCUCCUCCGCGCCGUCUAAGACCUCCUUAAUCAUCAACCCACACGCCUCAACUAAUGGACAGCUAUCAGUCCACACUCCUAAACGGGAGAGUUUAUCCCAUGAGGAGCACUCACACAGCCAUCCACUCUAUGGACACGGCGUAUGCAAAUGGCCAGGCUGUGAAGCAGUAUGUGAAGACUUCCAGUCAUUUCUAAAACAUCUCAACAGUGAGCAUGCGCUGGAUGAUAGAAGUACAGCCCAAUGUAGAGUACAAAUGCAGGUUGUACAGCAGUUAGAGCUACAGCUUGCUAAAGAUAAAGAGCGCCUGCAAGCCAUGAUGACACACCUGCACGUGAAGUCAACUGAACCAAAAGCCACCCCUCAGCCCCUGAAUCUGGUAUCGAGCGUCACGCUUUCCAAGACGGCAUCCGAGGCGUCUCCGCAGAGCUUACCUCAUACUCCCACCACCCCGACUGCGCCCAUCACUCCUGUCACGCAGGGACCGUCGGUCAUCACUACCACGAGCAUGCACAACGUCGGACCCAUCCGGAGGCGGUACUCGGAUAAAUACAACGUCCCCAUUUCUUCAGCAGAUAUUGCCCAGAACCAAGAAUUUUAUAAGAAUGCAGAAGUUAGACCACCAUUCACGUACGCAUCUUUAAUUAGACAGGCCAUCCUCGAAUCUCCAGAAAAACAGCUAACACUAAAUGAAAUCUACAACUGGUUCACGCGAAUGUUUGCUUACUUCAGACGCAACGCAGCGACGUGGAAGAAUGCAGUGCGUCAUAAUCUUAGUCUUCACAAGUGUUUUGUGCGAGUAGAAAACGUUAAAGGGGCAGUAUGGACAGUGGAUGAACUAGAGUUCCAAAAACGAAGGCCACAAAAGAUCAGUGGUAACCCUUCUCUUAUUAAAAACAUACAGACCAGCCACACCUACUGCACACCUCUCAAUGCUGCUUUACAGGGAGAAGAAGCAGCUCUCUCCCCGCUCUGUGUCUGGAAGGCUUCAAUGGCUGAGAACAGUAUACCUCUAUACACUACUGCUUCCAUGGGAAAUCCCACUCUGGGCAAUUUAGCCAACGCGAUGAGGGAAGAGCUUAAUGGUGCAAUGGAGCAUACGAACAGUAACGGGAGUGACAGUAGUCCAGGACGUUCCCCUAUGCAAGCAAUGCACCCCGUGCAUGUCAAAGAAGAACCAUUAGAUCCAGAUGAAAAUGAAGGCCCGCUAUCCUUAGUGACAACAGCCAACCACAGUCCAGAUUUUGAUCACGACAGAGAUUAUGAAGAUGAACCUGUAAAUGAGGACAUAGAAUGAGUUAUGUCUGACAUCGUUAUCCUGAGAAUGAAGAUUGGAGGAACACGUCAAACUUAGCUGUGAAAUCUCUCCAUUAUUGUACAGUCUGGAGGAUUCUCAGUCCACUUUGACAACUAUGAAAUAUGUUAACUCUUAGUGCCAUCAAGUAUCCCAUUUGGGAGUAUUUUUGAUUUUUCUACUUUUUGUUGAAAAAAGGAAUUUGUACUCUGUGCAUUGGAUGGACUUGUUUGGUACUUGGGAUUUUCCUCUCUUACAGUCAACAUCAGUGUUGUAAAUUUGCUAAACUGAUUCACUUGCAUUUAGCAGCCAGCUGUGGACUGCAGGUCCUGCCAAUUUUGGACACUCGAGGACAUCAAACUGAGCAUGUACACCUGAACUGCAGAUCAAGUCUUUGCCCAGAUUUUAAGGAUUCCAAUGGACAACAUAUUUGCACAGUACUGCAUGUUGAUUAUCACUGCCUUUACUCCAUUUUUUUUUUGUUGGUUUGUUGGGGUUUUUUUUGGUUGGUUUCCUUUUUUUGUUUGUUUUUCCUUUUUUUUUUUUUUGUUUGUUUUGCUUCCAUUUGGGAUGGGGAAGGCCUGUGUGUGCACGUGUGUGGAUAUGUGUGUGCGCGUGUGUGAGCGUGUAUAUCGGGGAGGGGUUCAAAGAAAAAAUUAUCCCAAACUUUUUAAUGUAUUGCUUUUAUUCCCCUGCCCCGCUUCUCCUCUACCAUUUUAAGUUCUGACCUCAGGCCUCAUCUAGGCCCAGGGCCUCUCAGAGGCUUCAACGUUUUCUGUACUUUGUGAUGAAUGUUAAUAGGUGUUUUUAUUAUACGAAGCUGAAUGUCAUUGAAUUGUUUGUAGUUUUUUCUGUCAUUCAUUCCAGUUUCCUUCAGAUGCCACCAUGUUUUCUUUAGCUAUGGAAAACAUUCCAUUUCGGUGUCUCCUUUAGGGUUGGUUUGUUCUUUGGUUUGGUUUGGGGUUUUUUUUGUUUUGUUUUGUUUUGGGUUUUUUGUUGUUGUUGUGUUUUGAAAAGGUCCCAAAUGCUGCACUAUACAUGUGGAAGGGUUGUCCAACGGAGAGAGAGGAACGAAGUACUGCAAGAAUGAGAAUGAAUGACAGAUGAGCAUAGAAACACUGUAGGAAGCAACACAGAUUCAUUCCACAAAGCAGUAUUUUUAGUAGUAUUUUAUUGUUGUUUGGGGUUUUGGAUUUUUUUACCUUUUUUUUUUUUUUUCUUUUUUUCUUUUUUUUCCUUUGGCAGCAACAGUGAAUAUUAGCAAAUGCCACAAAAUUAAACAGCACAAAGACAUAUAUGCAGCACCAACGGAGUUCACUUUUAGUAGAGGAUGGGUAGUACAGUGGCAGGUUCUCGGUUGUUUCACAUGAGUUCUAAUGAGUCAACAAAUCUCUCUGGAAUGUCUAAGAUUACCGAGAUGGGCACCUAUACAUUUAGUAGUACAAUUUAAUUUUUUCUUUAUUAUUUCUUUUUGGUUUUUUGGGUUUUUUUUUUGCAUUUGCAAAUAGUGGUUGGAAAGAUGACUUCAUUAAAUUCUUAGUCUACGUGGUGAUGUUUCGCAGUUAAACGUCGGUUCAGGAUUGCUUGGUGGUAUUAAUCUGUUCGAAUACAAAUUAGAUUUCAGAUUGAACUUGUUCUGGGAGUUAAUAAGGAUGGAGCCCCUCCAAUGCUAAAGUGUUCAUUUUCAGCUGUGCAAAUCCAGUCCUGCAGUCAGGAUUGUUAUGCAAUAUCACACCAGCCUGUAUGGAAACCUCGCCGUAGGAGACAGGAGAUCUAGGGGAGAAUUUGCACCGGGGCUUGUUAGGAGAAAGGGGCAAGGCUCCUCAGAGCAAACAUGGCAUACAAAAUUUGUUGUGAUAGGUCAGUAAACCUCAAGUCACCAAACACCUAAACAUUUUCAUUCUGCAACCACUUUUCCCUCAUUUAUUUAUAUAGGACUGUAGCUUUUUUUUAAUUAUUUCAAGAAGCCUUUCAGAGCUUAAUUUAUAUUCUUCUUUCUACCUUCAGUUUGGUUUGGUUUGGUUGGUUUUUUGGUUUUUUUUUCCUAAAAUUACCAAAGAUAUUACACAAAGGUAAAUUAUGUUCUCUGUUAUAUGCUUUAUCUUACGAAGCCAAAUAUCCUCCUAUUGUUGAUCAAAGGAGGUUGAAGAAUUUAGAGGGAAAUGACAAGAUGUGGGCUAUUGCUAACCUGAGAGGAAAACUGCUCCUUUAUUCUAGAAAAUGUAGAAGGCCAAGUAGAUUGUCUGAACCAAAGUUGUUACUUUUUAUUUGCAAUUCUUUACAGUGACCAAAACGAAAGUCUGUAAAGAGGAAUGGAGGAGAGCUUUUGAGGCUAGAGCUAAGAGUCAGUGUUACUGGUGGAGCUAUGAGGAGGGAGCUGGAGAAAGCAAAGACACAGCAAUUUCACAGAAAAUUAGAGUAUCAGAUAAAGGAGAUAGUUAACAAAAUACAGAAGAGAAGAUAAACGCUCCCACAAUUUAGCUGGACCACAUAAUAGUAUUUCUAGAAUGAGACAAGAUUUUUUUGGUCUUUGGUUCUACAGAUUGUGUGCCACUUCUGUUUUGGGACUGUGCUAGGAUGACUGCUUUAAUUUUGGUUGAUCUUGGCACUUUUGCUCAGUUUUGUUUAGCUUUGGUCAGCAUUUUUUUCAUGAGGAAAUAACACUCCUGUCCACUCAUAAGCUUUGGUACAAGGAAUUUUAUUGGCAGUUAACUUUGCUAAAACUCAACUCUGCUUUCUGUCUCAAAAGACAAAAAAAAAAAAAAAAAAAAAAAAAAAAAAAAAAAAAAGAGGAGAGAAAAGAAAAAAAAACCCAAACAAAAGGGCAGUCUGUGGUCAUUUGAAAUAUUAUUUUGUUUUCUUCUUCCUUAAUUAUUUUUCAUUUAAAUUAUAUCCAGGCAGCUUCGUGACGUGCCGGCGGUAGCCAGAUAGGGAGGAUGAGAAUUGAGCCCCGUGCUUCUAAACUGAGUGGUUUGCUGGUUAGUUUGGUAUUCAGAAGGGGGAUAAAAAUCCGGUAGAUUAGUUCAUUCUCAGCAUGUGUAGCUAGACAUGAGUAAAGAUAACAGCAUGAGAAACUGUUAGUACGCAUACCUCAGUCCAAACUGUUAGGGAAUGAGUAAAUAAAUAAAAAUAUUAAAAAAAAAAAAAUCCAUUUCACUCAGUUGCACUUAGUUGUAUGUCUUGCAUGCUUAGUCUAAAGACUGUAGCAAAAGAGAAAAAAAAGGAAAAAGAAAAAUUAAUAAAAAAAAAAAAAAGGAGAAAAAGAAGUUACAAACAAAAAUUAGAUUUUAACAGAUCUGGCAGGUGUUGCAGCCUCGCAGAAGAACCAACUGAAAAAUCUCAGGCUUUACAUCAAGCAAACUUCACUAUGAUUUUUACAGUUCUGAUUCUGUAUCCCUUUGGAUAUACAGUUGCUUCUUUAGGGAGGGGUUUAUUAUGUUGUACAUAUAUAUCCCACUGUGUCUGUGUGAGCCUUUGUCUUUUGGGGGGGUGGGGGAGCUUGAGGGGAGGGGAGGGAUGAUGCGGGGAGGGAGGAAAAAGGUGGAAAGGUCCUUUUCUAUUUUUUCUUUUUUUUCUUUUUUUCUUUCUUUAGAUCCCAUUCCUCAAAAGGAAUAAAUGCAGACCUGUUUGUCAAAACACCUUUAUUUUUUGCUUUUUGUGCAACUGCUUUAUACGAACUAUACUUAAAAAAACAAAAAAAAAAAAAGAAAAAAAAAAGAAGAAAGGAAAAAAAAAAACCAAAAAGCUUUGGAAAAAAAGAAAAAAACAAUGAAAAAAAACCCUACUGUAUGUAAUGGAAUUGCAGAAUACGCUGCACAUGUAUUUUAUUUAGUUAUCCUUGCUUUAAGAAUAUUGGAUGACAUUUGCUGACAUGUGGGAGAAAAUCCCUGCCUUCUUUGGUUUGUUUUGUUUUACAGCUUUUUGAUUGUAACAUAGUUGACAGAUUUCUGUUUGGGUUUUUUUUCCUCCUGUUAUCAUUGAGCGAAGCAUUUUUGUACAGGUUUGGGGUUUGUUUUUUUGGUUGGUGUUGAAGCUGGGGGUUUUUUUGAUACUUUCCCACCCCUUCUGUUAUCUUACCACUGCCUUUUCUGGCUGUCUUAAAGUUCAUAUAUUUGAAAAGAUUAAAAAAAAAAAAAAAAGUAUGUAAAAAAGUCAUUAAAAAAAAAAAAAGGAAAAAAAAAAAGAAAAAAGGUUAAAAAAAAAAAAAGAUGUUUUCUCCUGCUGCAGUAAAUAUUUUGCAUGAUGAAUUCCAGGGUCACACUUUCAAAGUUUAUCAGUGAAGUAGUGAUUAAUAACGGGGGGAGUGUCAAAAACUAUUGAACUUUUCUUUUUUUUUUUUUUUUUGUAUAAAAAAAACUGAAAAAAAAAAACUUUACAAGGUGCCAAGAUGUAAAGACAAUUUGUUACAUGUUUUUUUUCUCAAAGAAAAGCGUACAUUAUGAAAAGUAGUACCAUGUAUCAGGUAAAAUCGCUGUCAGGAAUGAGAGUCGAAGCCUUCCUUGUCCACACACACAAAAAGGAAAAAAAAAAACCAACAAAAAAAAAAAAGAGAGAAAAAAAAAAAAGGGGGUUGUAAAUGUAAAACCUGUUGGGUUUCUGCAUUCAACUAGAAGUGAAAUGAAAAAAAAAAAACCAACAAAUCAAGGCUUAUGUAGGAACAAGAGACCACAACAAACGAUCACCUUUGGUUUUUCUUCGUUCGGAUUCUCGCUCGCAAGAGUCCCGCCGCCGCCGCAGGGUCCUGCGCCUCCCCUGCGCCUCCCUGCGCCAGGGCUUCUGGUUCUCUACCAAUACUGGAGCUGAUUAGAGCUGUUUUAUAUAUACCUAUACAGAAAUAUACCUAUAAAAUCAGUUUUUACUCCGAAUUUUGAGCGGUUGUAGUCUUCAGCUCGCCGAUAAUCUCGCCUUCCUGAUCGCACGGAAAACAGACCAAAAGUGUUUCAAACCCUCGUUUUGAAAUCCUUUGGUACCUUUGGGUCAUGAACUCGAGAGUGAGUUUUUCAGAUGGGCCCAAGGUCGUUUAGUGUUCCUGUUUGCGAGGUGAAUUUGCAGCUAACUGCUGUGUUUUAAUGGGCCCAGAGCAGGGAACCAACUAUCUUCUAACCCAUAAGCCUUGAUGACAAUGGUACAGUCCAGACUGUUAGCAUGGUGCUUUGUGUGUAUGUGCUGCCAGUAACAAGUUUUGUUUUGUUUUUAGGGUUUGUUUUGGGUUUUUUUUGGGGGGGUGUAUUUUUUUGUUGUUGUUUUAUUUUUUUCUUUUGUUGGGCUUUGUUUUGAUUUGUUGGGUUUUUUUGGUUUUGUUUUGGUUUUCUUUUUUUUGAUAAGGCAUAAAAGAAACUCAUUCCUUACAUCAACUGUAAUUCCAUCAUUCCAUGUCUGUUGAUACAGACAAUAAAAAAUGUUGUGUAGUCAGUACUAAUUACUGACAUUAUAGCAUUCUCAAAUGCAAUAAAAAUGCUGGUUGUUCACACUGGUAAUGCAA